UCAACCCGCCUGGGAUGAAGAUGACGAUGGUGUUGGCGUCUCUCUUGAGUGCGGCGAUGAAACCCUCGUCCUUGUGGCACUUGAAGUCGUCCAGCACCAGGAUGCACGGGCGCUGCUGGACGAUGCUGCCGUUGUUGGGACGGAGCUUCCAGCUGCCCGAGAUCCACCCGUUGGACUCCCGCUGGUCACUCCAGCUCUUCUCCUGCACGCCGAAGGACAUGCCGUCGGCAGGGUGGCCGUGCUUGGCGCGGUUCGCAGGAUGGAUCUCCCACGCGACGGAGUUCUUCCGCGGCAGGGUGCUCUUGCCCUUGCCGCUCACGGUCGGGGGAAUGAACGGGGCCCUGAAGAUGAUGCGCGGCGAAACCUUUUUGCCGUCCGCCAUGACAGCCAGAACGAGUUUGAAGCCUCGCCCUCACCUCCUGUGCUGAUGCGAGCAUCCUUCGCACCGGUCUUCUUCAUAGUGGUUUCCACCGGCAUCUCGUGCUGGAGUGGCGUCUGGUCCAUGUUGCCGAGUUCCUCGAAAACCUCCGCCUCAACAGACGCCAGCUGCUCGGAAGUCAGAUCCUCCCCUUUGAUGGGGCUCUCGUCAGGUGCCAGCGGGUGGCGCCGAUCGUAGACCUCGCCGGUGCGCUUUACGAGAGCCUCGCGCAGCUUCAUCACCGUCGCCCACGCCAUACCCUCGUACCCCUUCGGCAGUUUCUGGCCCACGCUGGUACGCCGGCAGAUGCUGAACCCAUUCCGCUUGCGGAACCGUUGGUACCAAGAGUUGAAUUUGACCUUGAAAGCCAGCGCCUCCUCCGGUUUCGCGUUCGCCGGCAUCCCGCCAAGGGCGUCAGGCUUCAGCUCGAGCAGCUUGUUCAUCGCCUCCCGAAUACCACAAGCACGGUGCUGCUUGCGCUGCUCGUUGAUGUAGUCCACAAGGGCUUGUUCGGCGUCGACUGUCGAAGCUUUCCCUCCGCUGUGAACCUGCUUGGCCUUCGAAAACUUUGGGUUGGCGCUGACCUUCUCCCUGAGCUGCUCCUCCUGCUUCAGCCACUCNGCCUCCCGAAUACCACAAGCACGGUGCUGCUUGCGCUGCUCGUUGAUGUAGUCCACAAGGGCUUGUUCGGCGUCGACUGUCGAAGCUUUCCCUCCGCUGUGAACCUGCUUGGCCUUCGAAAGCUUGGGGUUGGCGCUGACCUUCUCCCUGAGCUGCUCCUCCUGCUUCAGCCACUCGAUGAUACGCUUCCGAGGCACCUGGAGAACUUUCGCCGCGCCGUUGUUUCCCACCGGUUGACCGUCGCACGGGCAGAUCUCCCGUGUGUAGGCCGCCGCGUUCAGUUUGAACCGGAUGGGGUAGAUCUCUUUCCCUCCCACUGCUCCUGACCGCUCGAUCGGGAAGUUGGGCUCCGGGUACGCGCGUUUGCCGUUGCUGUUUUUGACGGGGUCGUUGGCGGCUAGCAUCUCACCGACAGCCUCGCCGGUUGCCUUCGGGUCCGCAGCGGCAGCUCCCUGAUCCGCAGAGGAAGGAUCGCCAGCACUAGCCUGUGAGGCCUGCCUGUGAGGCGUCGGCAGGUCCGGCGCUUGCACCCUCCGACAUCGUAGCCGCGCGUUGCGUGUGGUCGAGCCCGCAGCUCCGUCUCGGGCAUUUUCCCGAUUGUCCUCCGGCAUUUCUCCGCCACGGAACUGUUAUGGUGGCAAUUCCCCGAGACUCGUUUGUGUGUGCAGCUACUACUAUGUGUAUAUAUAAUAGCUUGUCUGUUGGUUGUGUUGUGAUUGUGUUGCAGCAAUAUCAUACACGCGAAGUGCUGCUAUCCCCUGUGGUUUUCAACGUUAGGAUCGCGCAUAUCGGGGCCUUGGCACAGGGGUGU